GUGAUGCACACUCUAUACCAGUAGGUGGUAGUAGUGUACCUAAACGUAUAAAUUAUUAGUCGAAGAAGUCAAACUGCCCUUCCUUGCGCUUUCGUUCUGUGCGAAACCAAACGCGCUCUGAGAAACAAUUCUUACCGAAUUCGUUCUGAACAGAAUGAAGCUUCGACUCAGUACGUCCAUCAAUACUUUGUAGGAUGAAAACGUCCCUCAUUAAGUCUUCGUGUCUGGGUAGACAUUGCCACAUUUGCGAAGCUAGCUUAGCACAACUCUCUAUCCGCUAACAAAGCGAAAUUCCAGACUUGUUAGCCCGCUACACAUCCCUCCAAAAAACUGAGACCGAGUGUGAACUUGUUGGCAUUAUCGUGUGUGCAACAUGUGUGGAAGAUCGACAGCAGAUUACGCCGAAGACCUUCGUGGGACCAAAGAAGACAACAAAUGUCAACGACCAGACGCUGUUUUCAAGCAACCUACAGUUGGGGUACUAAAAGCCGACGUCAGUGACAAAUAUCUUCAUUGUGAGCAACACGAGCCAGAGGCCUCUCACAUUCAAGAGGAGGAAGAAGAGGAGCCAGAGCCCGCCCUUGUUAAAGAGGAAGAUGAACCAGAGACCCCCCACAUUAAAGACGAGGACGAAGAGCGGCCCCACUUUAAAGAGGAAGAGGAGCCAGAGACAAUCUUUGUUAAAGAGGAAGAUGAACCACAGGGCCCCCAUGUUAAAGAGGAAGAGGAGCUCGAUAUCACCAAAUGGCCUUUGAGCUUUGCUCCUUUGAAGUGUGAAGAUGAAGACGAAGAAGGUGAGUGUGAGGAGGACAGAGGGGCGGCGCCUCCAAAGAACCGCUCAACAAAAGGUGAUGCAGACCAACGUGGACCAACACAAGCACAUCGUGACGACACAUCACCACAUUUCCAUGAUGAUGAUGAUGAUGAUAAUGAUGAUGCUGAUGAUGAUGAUGGAGAGUCUGAAAGUGGCACGUCAUGUCACACCGACAACAAAUGCUGGCAAUGUGCUCAAUGCGGGAAAACGUUUUGUUCCAAGGGGAAUUUAAAUGUUCACAUGAGAAAACACUCUGGGGACAAACCUUUCACUUGCACGGUUUGUGGUCAAAGCUUCACUGAGAGAGGCACUUUGACAGUACACACGAGAACGCACACCGGGGAGAAACCUUUUGCCUGCUCGUUUUGCGGUGAAAGCUUCUCUGUAAAGGCAAGUUUAACCCGACACACAAGAACGCACACUGGAGAGAAGCCAUUUGUGUGCUCAGUGUGUGGUAAAAGCUUCAUCGAAAAGGGGACUUUGAUCAAACACACGAGGACGCACACAGGAGAGAAAAGCUUCGUCUGCUCAGUUUGUGGGAAAUGUUUCUCAGAGAAAGGCACUUUGAGAAAACACACAAGGAUACACACUGGAGAGAAAGCGUUUGCCUGCUUAGUUUGUGGUCAAAGCUUCACUGUCAAGACAAGUUUGACAAGGCAUACAAAAACGCACACUGGAGAGAAACCUUUUACCUGCUCAAUUUGUGGCAAAAGCUUUGCCGCAAAGUCGUGUUUGGCAAGGCACACCAGAAUACACACAGGAGAGAAACCCUUUGUCUGCUCAGUUUGUGGGAAAAGCUUUGCUCAAAAACCAAAUUUAACGGUACACAAGAGAAUCCACACACGAGACAAAGCUUUUGCCUGCUUAGUUUGGGGUCAAAGCUUUGCAAAAAAGGCAGCGUUAACAAGACACAAAAGAAGACACGCCAGGGGGGAAAAAUAUGACUUGUCGAGCGUCUGUUGAAGGCAGGCGAGCAUGCUGCUGAGAAGGGCUGUGGCCAAAGAAGUGGCGGGGGAAAAAAACGGAAGAAACUGAGCUUAUGUUGGGGACCCAUUCUGAACUCCAUAAUCACAUUGUGGAGUUCUUCGCAUAAGGGAAUAUGGAGUGGGCUCAAAUGAAAAAUAAAAAAAUCAGUUUUGAUACCAAGUCCAGUUAUUUAUUUUCUACAAGUUCGUAAAAGAAGGAAACUCAUUUUCAUGCAGAGAAAUUUUUGGUUUGACUUUAUCGAAACAGGUACCGGUAUAUGUGUAUACUCUAAUUGCCAGUAGAAACUAUUUAUUUUAUAAUUUCAGUCUGUACUUUUUUUUUUUUUUUUACUUUGAAAGACUGAAUUGAGUCCGCACUUCUAUCUACUUUUAUUUUUUUUUUUUUAAACAAGUGUCUGUACUUCUACUCAAGUACAAAGCAUGAGUACUUUUGCCACCUCAGAUUGUCAGAAACGUCUGAUAGAUUAUCCUCGUCGAUGAUCUGUAUGUUGUCACGUUGUUGUUGACCAGGAAUAUCACACUGUGGAUCCGUAUGUCAUUUUCCUCACGGGUUGAAUAAAGUAUCAUUCUGUCCAUC